AUGGUUUCUCUGAGAGGUCUCCUGAAAUUUUCCCAGCGCCAUCCCCGACCCACUGCGUCGGCAUUGAGAGCGUCCACUGUAGCCCCCGCAUCAGGCUCCCCGUUUAUUAACAAUUCGCAGGGGGCUUCGGCCGCUGUGGCGGAGUUAUCUGAUGCUCUUGGCACUGUUUUUGACCAGAUUGAUCUUGAUGGUGAUUUGAAUGGCCAGAUUAAUGGACUGUUGGAUCGACUCGACCAGGAGGCUUCCCAAUAUGGUAACUCUCAACUGAAAGAUGAGCAUUAUCCUGACUGGGAUUGCUCCCCGGAAAAAGCUGAAUUGAUCUCCAUUGCAUGGCACUGUGCCCGGGAGGUGUAUGAAACAUCCUCGCGUUUACCUAAUGGUCCUGUUCCAAAUGGGGAAUGGAAACUCGAACCAGGUGAUUGUGUUGUUCCAUCAACUGAUGGGACAAUCAAAGCUGUUUCUUUCAGUCGUGUAUCGGCAGUUGAGAAGAGGACUGAUCACAAUGAUCUCCCCGUGCUAGUAGUUGCUAUUCGAGGGAGUGCUAGUGCAGUCGACCACAUGGUAAAUGCUAACUAUGAGCCGCGGAAUGCAGAUGACUUCAUUGACAUAUCUCGGCUUGCGCCGGAGAACAGCAUCACUCUUCAGGCGCAUUCUGGGUUUCUGAGUAGCGCAAAGGCCCUGGACAAAACCGUGUCACAGGAGAUAAAGAAUUAUAUCAGUGAAAAUGCAAGCGAAUACAGUCACGUUUUAUUCACUGGCCACUCGGCAGGUGGUGCUGUUGCCUCACUUUUGUUCCUUCGGUAUCUAGCACAGGAAAGCGUCUACCCAGAGGUCCGAUUCUCGUGUAUAACAUUUGGGGCACCUCCGGUGGUAACAGUUCCUCUCUUGGAAAGUCCAGUGUCUGGAGUUUCCAGCGGGGCAUGUCUAAAUCUUAUUAACGAAUUUGACCCUGUCACUCGGGCAGACGGGGAAUACAAGCAUUGCUUGGUAGAUUUGAUUCACUCGAUGUACAGCCGGCAGCCGUCACUGCCCAGAUCUGAGCCGUCGAGUACCACAGUUGAUUCGCUGUUUACGGAGGAUAGCGAAUGUUUCUCGAAAGGAAAAGACUGGCCUGUUCUACCUUCAUUUUACUCCCAUGUUGGCCCUCGCAUCGUCCUUCUUUUACGAGUUAAGCCCAGUAUUAAGGAAACUUGUCUUCGGUUACGCGCCAUCGAAGUACCCCGGGCUGACUUCGACAGGUUGUUAUUCUGUCGGGUUGCAGUGCAUCGACGGGUAUGCUAUGGGGAGAGGGUGGAAUUGAUUACCAAGGGAGAGCUUAAUGAGAGAUCUAGUUGGGAUGAUACUAAGUUUUAA